UCCAGUCUCGGUCGGGUUAAUCGGGUCGGGCACGGAUUGACACCCCUGCCGGCUACUGGUAUCUGUGCGAGUGUUACUGAUGAUAUUGUCCGUCUUCUCGUCACAACCCUUUCGAUCAAUACAAGACGCAGAGAGAUGUUUUCCUCCUUAUUCCGUUCGAAACCCGUGUUUCGAUCCCUGUAGGUACGAGAUCUCUCCCUCUCCCACAUUCUCUCAUUUCCGUUUUUGUUCCUAUCUUCUUCCCCGGCGAUUUGUUUCCUGCUUUCUUUCUUCGCUAAUCACAGAUUUGCUACUUCUCCGUUUUUACUUCUUCGGUGAUCACAGAUUUGGUUCUUCUCCGGCCUUACUGCUUCAGUAAUCACAAGAUAUAGACGAGGUACAAGUAAUGGCCGGACAUGAUGAUUCAGUGGCUUCUGGUAAGAAGUCAAGUGAUGCUGACAUACCAUCCUUCCAUGCUGAGAACCUGCAAAACAACAAUAAGAUAAUCUGUUACAGUCGAACUUUCUUGUCCAUCGUUGGUGGAGUUAUUGCUGGAAUUUUGGGAUUCACCGGCUUGACAGGCUUUGUAUUUUAUAUUCUCGUCAUGGCAAUUACUUCUCUUGGACUUGCAGCCAAGGCAAAGUUCUCCAUUUAUGCAUAUUUUGAUUCCUGGAAUCGAAUCAUACUUGAUGGUUUUCUGGGCGGGCUAAUGUCAUUUGUGUUGUUCUGGACAUUUGCAUACGACAUUGUCCAUAUAUUCUGAGGGAGUGUGACUGCAAAACAGAGCUACCCACUGCACGGAAGGAGAUGAACGCUUGCUUGCUCCAUUGCCUGCGAUGAUGUGCUUCUGUAAUACCUCAGGUUGAGGAUUCUAAAGAAUCUUCUUGGUUUCCUCCUAUUGCUUUAUUCUUUUCUUUACAUCCUUUUGUUUUCUCAGUGCCCCUUAUGGGUAAGAUUUCAUCGAUAUGCCUCAAUUGGAUUAAAUUGUAUCAUAUGUGCUCUUUAAAAUUUUUGGUUUUCCUCCGUGGUUGUUAUAUGAUUUUAUAGCCAGUCUGAACAUCACUGACUAGGAUACAAUGAAUUUGUAACCUUAUUCACAAUUCCUCUAUUUUAUUGGAAGUGCUUUGGAUGUUCACAUGAA